GCUGGCUCACUGCUCCUGUUGUUGCGCCGGUGCGUGCGUGAGUGAGUGUGUGUGUGAGUGUGUGCGAGUGUGUGCGUGCGUGCGUGCGUGCGUGUGUGUGUGUGAGUGUGCGCGCGUGCGAGAGAGACAGAGUGCAUGUGUAUUAUGAGUAUGUGAGUGUGUGCCGGUGUGUUAGAGCGCGGUAAGCGCGCGCGGCAGCGACAUGACCAGAGCCUCGCGAGCGCGUCCGGUCAAUCAUGGAGCUUUUUAAAGCGCUGUUUUGGAUUUUAUUGCUGAAGCGAGUAAAGGAGUGUGUCUCCGAGGAAGUGGUGCUGCUGAAUUCCAAAGAGUCCCAGGCAGAACUGGGCUGGACCUCGUAUCCUGCUAAUGGAUGGGAGGAGAUCAGCGGUGUGGACGAGAAGUACAAACCCAUCCGCACGUACCAGGUGUGUAACGUGAUGGAGCCGAACCAGAACAACUGGCUGAGGACGGGGUGGAUCGGGCGGCGUGGGGGUCAGCGCAUCUUCGUGGAGCUGCAGUUCACGCUGCGUGACUGUAACAGCAUUCCGGGCGUAGCGGGAAGCUGCAAGGAAACCUUCAACCUGCUGUACGCCGAGUCGGACCGCGUGCUGGGGGGCCACGACGACGACGAGGCGCGGUACAGUAAAGUGGACACCAUCGCCGCCGAUGAGAGCUUCACGCAGGGCGACCUGGGCGAGAGGAAGAUGAAGCUGAACACGGAGGUGCGGGAGAUCGGGCCGCUGACGCGCCGCGGCUUUCACCUGGCCUUCCAGGACGUGGGCGCGUGCGUCGCCAUCGUCUCCGUGCGUGUUUAUUACAAACGCUGUCGCGCCGCCGUGCAGAACCUCGCCGUCUUCCCCGACACGGUGGCCGAGGCCGCCUUCGCCACACUGGUGGAGGUCAGGGGUGUCUGCGUCAACAACUCCGAACCGGACGCCACCGACUCGCCUCCCAGGAUGCACUGCAGUGCCGAGGGGGAGUGGCUCGUGCCCAUCGGGAGGUGCAGCUGCAGCGCCGGAUACGAGGAAGGACACAGUAGCUGUGAAGCAUGUCCCCCAGGCACGUAUAAGACGUCGUCCCAGCAGCAGGAGUGUUUAGCAUGUCCUGCCCACAGUGUGGCCGAGGACGACGGCUCUGUCGCGUGCGUGUGUGAAGAGGGUCACUUCCGAACGCUCCUGGACCCUCCGUCCACUCCGUGCACACGACCGCCCUCUCCUCCACGAGACUUGCUCUACACACUGAAACAGUCCACUCUGAUCCUGGAGUGGACGGCUCCGACAGACACGGGUGGUCGUGUGGACGUGAGCUACAGCGUGUCAUGUCAGCGCUGCGUCUCCGGCCCGCGGGAACACUGCGAGCCAUGCGGCGCUAACGUGGGCUUCGUGCCUCAGCAGAGUGGCCUGAGUGGCCGUACGGUCACCGUGCUCAACCUGCUGCCCAGCACCAACUACACCUUCAGCGUGGAGGCCAGGAACGGCGUCUCUGACCUGCUGCCCAACAAACACUUCUACACCCACAUCAACAUCUCCACCAGCAUGCCAGCUUCCUCUCAGGUGAGUGAGUUGCGGGUGGAGAAGAUCGAGCAGCGCAGCGUGUCUCUGGCGUGGAGAGAAUCAUCAAACCCCAACAACAGCCGAACAGAAUACGAGAUAAAAUACUACGAGAAGGAGCAGAAAGAUCAGAGUUACUCCACCGUGAAAACUGCAGGCACUAAAAUCAGCGUGAACAACCUGAAGCCAGGCACCACCUACGUCUUCCUCAUCCGCACCUGCUCUAGCCCCACCCCUUCCUCUCUUUUCUCCUCCCCCUCUUCCUCCUCCUCUUCCUCAUCGCUUCUCUCAUCUUCCUCUACACCAUCCUCCUCUUCCGCCUCUGUUCCUGAGGCUCCGCCCUCUCCACCUCCACUGGACUACGGGGCCUUCAGCACGCCACUCGAGCUGCAGACACUCGGAGAGAUGGCCCUGGCGUCUAGUGAGCAGAGUCCGGUGGUGAUCCUGGUAGUGGUGUCAGUAGCUGCUCUCGUCAUGCUGCUGUCUCUGGGUGUAGGACUGCUCAUCUGGAGGAGACACUGCGGCUACAGUAAAGCCAACCAGGAGGGAGACGAGGAGCUGUACUUCCAGUUCAAGAUCCCGACCCGGAGGACGUACAUCGACCCGGAGACGUGUGAAGACCUGCUGCAGGCUGUUCACACCUUCGCUAAAGAGCUCGACAACUCCAGCGUCAAGAUCGAGCGCAUCGUUCACACGGGUGAUUUUGGAGAGGUGUGCCGUGGCUGUCUGAAACUGCCCAGUAAGCGCGAGCUGCCGGUGGCCAUCAAGACGCUGCGGAGCGGCUACUCGGAGAAACAACGGCGCUCGUUCCUCUGUGAGGCGGGAAUCCUGGGCCAGUUCGACCACGCCAACAUCAUCCGCCUCGAGGGGGUCAUCACCAGAGGGAACACCAUGAUGAUUGUGAUGGAGUGUAUGGCCAAUGGUGCCCUGGAUUCUUUUCUACGGAAACAUGAAGGUCAGCUCAGUGUGCUCCAGCUGGUGGACCUGCUGAGCGCUGUGGCCUCAGGGAUGAAGUACCUGACUGAGAUGGGUUUCAUCCACCGGCGUCUGGCGGCCCACAAAGUGCUGAUCAACAGCAGCCUGGUGUGUAAAGUCUCGGGCUUCAGACCCUUACAGGAGGACAAGAUGGAGGCCGUUUACACCACACUGCAUGGUGGGAAGAGUGUGGUGUUGUGGACGGCCCCUGAGGCGAUCCAGUACCAUAGAUACAGCUCCGCCUCCGACGUCUGGAGCUUCGGCAUCGUCAUGUGGGAGGUGAUGUCAUUCGGCGAGAGACCUUACUGGGACAUGGGGAGUCAAGACGUGAUCAAAGCGAUCGAGGACGGUUUCCGGUUGCCAGCUCCUCUGAACUGUCCCACGUCUCUGCACCAGUUGAUGCUGGACUGCUGGCAGAAGGAGCGGACGGAGAGGCCGAGCUUCACUCAGAUCCACAGCGCUCUCAGUAAAACCAUGCGCAGCCCAGACAACAUCGGCUCAUCCACGCUGACACACAGGACGCUAGCCUCAUCCUCCAUCUCCCUGGCUGAGAGGACGCUAGCAGAGAGGACGCUGGCCGAGAGGACACUAGCAGAGAGGACGCUAGCGGAGAGAACCCUAGGAGAGAGGACGCUAGCGGAAAGAACCCUAGCAGAGAGGACGCUAGCAGAAAGAACCCUAGCGGAAAGAACGCUAGUAGAGAGAACCAUAGCAGAGAGGACGCUAGCGGAGAGAACCCUUCCAUCACUCCCCUCGUUCAGCUCGGUAGGCGAGUGGCUCGAGGCUGUGGAUAUGGGACGCUACAAAGACAACUUCACCGCCACAGGGUACUGCUACCUGGAGUCUGUCGCCCGCAUGAAUGUCCAGGAUGUUCUCAGUCUAGGCAUCACCUCUCUGGAGCAUCAGAAGCAGCUGCUGUCGGCUAUUCAGACUCUCAGAGCACAAGUCAUCCAGAUGCACGGCCGUGGAGUGCAGGUUUAACACACACACACACACACACACAGUCAGGACGUGUAGAGACACGCUCUGUCCCCUGAAAGCACCUCCACCUGUGAACAAGGCUGAUGGACUGUAGGAUGGUCAUGUGACCUCACACACCUCUGUGACAACGCUGCUCUUACUUUUCUUCUUCGUCCUUCAUCCGGAGACGAUGGUUCUUUCCUCGUCCUCCCCCCACAAUGGUUCGGUCUGCUCUCGUCCUGAACCCCGCCGUCACAUACACACACUUCUCCUGAGCUGAGGACGGUGGCAUGACGUAAAGACUGCUUCUGGUUGACUGCAGCGCCUUCUGACCUGAGAACAGCAUCAUGUGCUGACGCUUACGCUGACGCUAACACUGCUAAUGUAGCCACUGCGCUUUCUCUACAGCUGAGAAGGAAAUAACCUUCAGGAAAUAAAAAAUAAUAAUCCGGACAAAUGGGAAAAUGAGAUGAUUAAAAGAGAAAAUCGCGUUUUCUCACAUCUUCAGUGUGUGAACUUUAUUUACGUGUCCUUUCAUUCACAGCUUCCUCUCCAUCUUAUUAUUAUUAUUAUUAUUAUUAUUAUUAUUACUAUUAUUAUUACUAUUUUUAUUAAGAGUCAUUUCUGGAGCUUCACUUUAAGCCACGAUGUUUGCAGUGUAUAAAUUCACAUUUGUCUCCUGUGUGGAGCGAUUCGUAUUUAUUAUUAUUUAUCAUUUAUUUAAUAUUUAUUUUGUUAUGUUGCUGAAUCGUUUUUGUUGUUGUUGUUUUCAGAUGUUUGUGAGAAGGACAUGAGGACGUGAAGUGAAAAUAAAACCCAGACUUUUUGCUGUA